AUCUUUUUUAUUACGAUGUGUGAUUAUGUCGUGGAUGGUUUUAUAUUUUCAUUCAAAUUUAGAUAUCACUGCUUUUACCAUCUCGGGUAAUGGAACGAGAACUGACGGGGCAUCGGUGCUUCAGGGUGAAAACUUGAAGCUGACUUGUUCAUCGUCAAGAACUGAUAUUAUUUUUGUAGACUGGUCCAAAAAACCACGCGGCAAUAGCGCCUACCAAACGGCACCUUCAGUUUCAAUGAAAAUGAAUUUAGGAGGAAUGUGUAGCUUUAAUCCGAAGUACCCAGUUCCUGCCAACAUGAAGUGUGACUGUGUAAGCAUAUCUAAGUACACGUGUAUACUUAUAAGUGUGCAGGCGGAAAUGAGGGACGACAUGUGGAGGUGUAGAUUUACGUACGGCCUUCAAGCAUCGGCGGCGUUUGAGCAUACUAAUGAUCUGACUAUUGAUUUGACAGUUGACAUAACGUCGACAGUAAUUUCCUCUCCUAUCGUCAACCCCGUGUCCGUCAUAGUAAACACAACAGGAACAUUCCUGUGUGAGACUUCACCUGGAAACCCUGUUGCCACUGUCGUCUGGUACAAAGACAACACAACCUCUACUAAUGGAAACGACACACAAAUAACCUCGGGUACAAAUACUUCUUCAACACCGGACGGGCAUCUGAUAGUAACGCACGGAACCCUCACUCUACAGGUCCAGAGAGAUGACCAGGACCUGGGCGUAUAUUGUCGUGCAAGAAACAGGGAACAGUGGUUCACUUCUGGAACAAAGAAGAUUAAUGUUCUAUAUGGCCCAAAAAUGAGAACUUUAAAAGACGUCAGCGUAAUUCGAGGGGAAAAGUUUGAAUAUCCAUGUUUGUAUGAGCCGGGAAAUCCAACCGCUGUAUUCUUCGAGUGGACAAGAGCCGAAACCAUCGCACCCUGGACUAAACAGAAUGCACAGAACUUGACUAUUUCAGUCGUGCAACGCAGUGACGAGACUAGUUACACGUGCAACGUGUCCAGUGUUCUCCUUCCGACGUUAGCAACAAGGACUACUCGGAAAUACGAUACUGCAACAUUUUAUCUAGACGUCAUGUAUGGAGCAGAGAAUUUAAAGUUUCUACUCAACAACGUUUCGAACACAUUAGUAGAAAUUGAGGAACAUUCAACAAACAAUCUGCAAUGUUUGCUAGAAAGUGACCCCGCCUCGAUAAUGUUCAUUGUUAAGGAUGGUAAGACAAUAUUAGAAAGACCCGGAGUACACCAGCUUAUACAUGAAAUGACGGCUAAAUGUUCUGACAUGGGAGUUUAUACUUGCUCUGGAUACAACCAGUAUGGCACGGCGGAAAACGCUUCGGUCGGUUUGUUUGUCAAAUGCUCAGCAAGGCAACCCCCAGGAGUUGAUGCGAAACUGAAUUACACCGCCCGUCCAAAUGAAAAUGUGACAAUGUCGUAUACAAUAGCUGCCUACCCAGUACCAAAACCUUCAAAGUUUGUGUGGAAAGGGUGCAUCAACGAAAGCGAGGAUUCUUGUAACUCCUCGUUGGAUGGAAAGCUUAAAUUUGAUGUUACGACUGAAGGCCUUUCAAGCUCUUUAACAAUAAGGGACGUUAAAAUAGAGGAUUACGGAAUGUACCAAUUUUCUGUGUAUAACGGCAUUGGAUCACGAUUUAUCGAGUGGUUGCAUCUUAAACCUAUAGGAAAACCGGACUCGCCUUCUGACUUCCAUGUAAUCCAAGAGGAAAUAUAUGAAACGAGUGCUGUUUUGACCUGGACUCCUUCGUCUGACAACGGCUCGCCACAAAUGUUUUACAUCACUUAUACGAAGAAGGGCGAUCAAUCAGGGUGGAUAAAAAAAUCUAUAGAAUACAAACGUGACGUACAGAUGAAUUACACGUUAAGAAAUUUAGAACCCGAAACAGAAUAUAUUGUUUCAAUUUACGCCUCCAACGAAAAAGGUUUUUCUCCAACAAUAAACGACACGUUCAUGACAUUGAAGCAUAUACCUGGCAAACACGCAGAUUCUCAGGUUGCUUUAAUUGGAGGAUCCAUCGGUGGUGGAAUUGCAGUAGUUUUAGUUGCCAUUGGAGUGAUCCUCAUUUUGAAAAAGUUUAGAACAUCAGGUUACACCAAAAACAGAGACAAAUUAACAAAGAGAACGAGCCAACUUUCUAGUCAACAAAAGAAAAAUGAUGAUAAUCCAGCUGGACAAUCCAUAUCUGGUAAAGACAACCGCGGAUUUAAGGGAGCCCAAACAUACGAGCAACUAUCCAUGGCAACAUAUAGAUCAGUUUACGACGCUCUCGAUAAUGAAGACAAUGGAACAGACAGCCCCGGAUGUAAAGCAGCCAAUACUUACGAGGAAUUAUCAAAGAGAACAGAUACGUCGGUUUACGAUGCUUUAAAAAAAGGAGAUAAUGGAUCUGGUACAGACGGCCCCAGGUGUAAUGCAGCCCAGACUUACGAGGAAUUGUCAAUGAAAACAGAAAAAGGAGACAAUGGACCCGAUAAUUCCCAGGUGUACACGCCGUUGGAUACGUCUAAAUCACAGUCGCACAUGUACUUCAGAAAUGCCAAGCAAGAAGAUCCCGUUUACAACGAUUCUGUGCUGUAGAAUCCAGGGACCAAAAGUGCUUCAUGUGGAUAAUUGCAAGUCUAACACAGUUAGACGUUGUGAUGAUUUGACUUAUUACAAUUUAUUUUUUCUGCGCGAGUGAGGAAUUCAAUGAUUGUUAUUCUUUACUACAUUCAAUCAUCCAGCGAAUGAUUUGCCGAACAUAUUUUUGUAAAAAUAGAAAAAAUCAAAUGCAGGCUAACCAUGACAAAUCUGAAACCAUUUCAGUUGGCUUAAAGUCAGUUAAAGAAAUAAGGCAAUACACUUUGCUUAAUCCCACUUUUGUUUGAGAAGAGAAAAUUAACCAUUUAGGCUAUAAGGUAGAUAGUUCAUUGUGUUGCCCAAAUUGUUAAAAUGUGGAAAAAAGCAGCUAAUCAACUGCAUAUCAUUGAAAGACUUAUCAUAUUUUCUGACAAUAUAUAUUAAGCUUAUUUUCUUUAAAUCUUUUAUCAGAUUCACCUUCAACUACUCUCCUGUUUUUCAGCAUUUUUGUAGCAAGACAAAAACAGAAAAUAAGAAAACAUUCAAUACAGAAAAGUACAAACUGUUUUCAAUAUACAAUCCCCAAGGUAUGAAAUUCUUUUUCAUAGUGUUACAUUUGAGCAGAUUAAAUUAACGCUAUUAAAACUUAAAAAUGUCUGUACGGUACUUCACCAAAACCAUGUUCAAAACCUUUUGACUUUUAAGACAAAAACAAUAAUCUCUGAUUUGAAAGCCGUGUAGAUUUGCCAUCAGUAAGAACAACUGCUUAUGGGAAGAACUCUUUCCGCUUUGAGGCCACUCAGGCGUGGAACAGCCUUCCAAAGGAAAUAAGGUGCUCUCAAAACUUUUUUAUGCUCAAUGUGCAAAUAUUCUAUAGGGAGUUUCUAAUAACUUGUUACGAGCUGGUAUAUUUUAUUAAUAUUUUUGUACUGUGGUAAGUGCUGUAAAGACAUUGGUCUGGCAAAGAUUUGGAUGGUUGCCCGUAGGUAGGGAUUGACCCAUUCAUAUGAGCGACCAUUUCUUUGUACAUUACUGUUUUCGAUAUUGUCAGCAAAAUCUAUUAGGUACUCUAAAUCACAGAAUAAGUUAGCAAAACUUUUUCUAGCAAUCUAUAGUAAAAAAUUUAACAACACAUUACAAUACCUUGCUGUAAUUCCAAUGUACUUAACUGCUGCUUUUAACUUUUCUGUAUAAAAUGUAUAUUAUUAUUAUCAUCCUUAGUUUAUAUUUCUGUAAGAACUAACCAUUGUACAGAGGUAUUUCAACUAGCGGAACCGUGCAUGUAGACUGGCCGUACAACCGAGAAAACUAAUUGAUGUUAUCAUUGUAAACAGUUCUCUAAUCAAUCUUAAUUUUUGCUGUGUUAAUACUUGUUUUCCAUGUGUUACACAUUUUAAACUA